UCUUUACCCAAAAAAACAGAAAGAAGACCCUCAUGAUUUCUCCACUUCCAUUGCUCUGUAUUUCAUAUAUUCGGAUCACCACAUGACCUUUUCCCACUGUUCAAACUUCCCCAAACAAUCCUUCUUUCUCUCUCCUCCAGCGAUCAACAACUCUUGCCAGCUUGAGAAAGAAUUACUAUUUCCCUUUUUUUGUUUUCUCUGUUUUUGUGGGUCUCUAUCAUUUGUGGGUUUUUGGUAUUUUCUGUUUGUUGGGUGGAGAGAGAGAGAGAUAAAGGUUAGUUUUCUUUCUCAGGAAUCGUUGACAGGGGAGGUUCUCUCUUUUGUAAAGUUCUUGUUUGUGUUUUUAUCUUUGACGGGUUUCUCUUGCCCGUUGUGGUUCUGGGUUUUUGUUUUAUCCUUUUGGUGGGCUGUGUGGAUUUGUUGGGUUUUACCAUCUCGGUGAGGUCGGCCUUGGAGGGAACUCGUUCUUGUUACAAACUGUUCAUGAAUUGUUGAUGUCUUUGGCUGUUGGAGCUGUUUCUAGUUCCAAGAAGAUGGGUUUUGAUGAAAACAAAGAUGGUGAGGGGAAGAGACGUGUAACAGAUGCUUCUCUACCACCUCCAUCUCCAACGCCGACUGAAGCGGCUCUGAGAGGAGUAGGAGGAGGAGGAGGAGAAGGAGAGAAGUACAAUAGACAGAUGAGUGAGACCUCUCUGUAUGCUACUGAGGAAGAAGAGGAUGAGGAAGAUGGAAAACUCGAGUUGGGUCCACAAUGUUCAUUGAAGGAGCAGCUUGAGAAGGAUAAGGACGAUGAGAGUCUGCGGAGGUGGAAGGAACAGCUUCUCGGGAGUGUCGAUUUGGAUUCUGUUGGAGAAACUUUGGAACCAGAUGUUAAGAUCCUGAGCCUUUCUAUCCUCUCCCCUGAUAGACCCGAACUUAUUCUUCCCAUCCCUGAGGGUGGAAACCCCAAAGGCUUAUGGUUUACUUUGAAAGAAGGUAGCCGUUACAGCCUAAAAUUCUCCUUCAAGGUCAGCAACAACAUUGUCUCUGGGCUCAAAUACACCAAUACGGUGUGGAAAACUGCUGUCAAGGUGGAUAGCGCAAAAGAGAUGCUAGGAACCUUCAGUCCUCAGGCAGAGCCUUACACACAUGAGAUGCCAGAAGAGACCACCCCUUCUGGCAUUUUUGCUAGAGGACAAUAUUCAGCGAAAACAAAGUUUGUUGAUGAUGACAACAAGUCCUACUUGACGAUCAACUACACCUUCGACAUCAGGAAAGAAUGGCCUUCCACUUAGCUGAUUAUUCUUCAUUCCGUGACAGCAAAUUUCGCUAAUUCACUUACAUUCUAAGCCCCUCCAUCUCCCCCCUCCCCCACCCUUCUAUUUUUCCACCCAAAGAGAAGUUUAAAGAAGAAUGGAUUGGUGAACAUCCCCAUAAUAAGAGAGAGCUAUUUCCCUGUCUGUGAGGUUUCUCUUUCUUUUCUCUGUCCAUGUCUACAAAUUCAUCAGCUGUUAAGCUUCAUUUCUGUAGCAAGAACUUGUUAACCAUUUUUAAAAGGACUGUGAGAAAAAUGAAAGGGGUGCAGGUAAUGGGUUUGUUGAAUAACUGUUAUCAUUUGUCACUUUUAACUACUAAAUCUCAGUCAAUGGCCAUGAACUGCUCCAGCCUAAGAUCAAGCGAGCUUUAACUUUCUUUUUUC